CAUGAGCCGACAAGAUGAUAAACACUGUCAUGUUGUGGCAUGUUUCUGUGUCUCAAAUUACGAAUUGUCUCGGUCAAGCAGCCUGCGGUUAAUGAACACAUGAAUGACUUUACCAGCUCAAUUAUGGGACGAAGAAAUGAGAAUGAAGAUGGUGUUAUUCACAGAGCGACAUCUAUGAGGUUCUUGCCUGUUGAGAUGGUGGCUCUGAUCCUAAAUUAUGCGGAAUCGCCCAUUCUUCGAAGAUGCCGUCAAGUUAAUCGUCAAUGGAACGAAAUAGCUUCCGAAAUCUUGCAGAACCGUGCCGACUACCCCUUACAUUUUGAAUUUACCGAUGGAAAAUUUGCCCAAAAACUUGUGGAAAAACAUUGUGCCGAGGUGUUGUUCAACAAACAAUGCAGGAUAUCGAAAUUCGGCGCGAAGAAUUUAAAAUGUCUUGUCCGUUGUGUGCGAAAUUCAACACAUUUUCCGGUCACAAAUUUUCGCUUCGAUGGGAUACGGGGUACAGAAUCACGACACACAAGUAGUUUGCUAAAAUACGUACGCUCCGGCUUUGGAUCUGAGCCUGAAGAGAUACUGGGAUGCAAAUACUUGAGGAAAUUAGUAACAAUUGUUGGGAAAACAAUGCGUAUACUCAAAGUCACCAUAAAGUCAGGAAAAUGCGAUGAGAUUCUGCGAAUAUUACUUGAAAAUACUCCAAACCUUGCAGACCUCCACAUUACCUUUCCAAGUAAUUCGAGGGAAAAUCCGUCAACCAUUCGACUUAUGGUUGACUCCCGUAAAUUGGAAUUUGCUAAGCUAAAUGCUUUGCGUUUCAACGCCUCGUGUCGACAAUAUCCGAAAAUUAUGGAAGAUAUCCUCACAGCAUCGCCAAACUUGAAAAACAUUCGUUUCACAUGCAGUAUUGAAGCAAGAGACUUCGAAUUGUUGCGGCUAACGAACAAAUUGCAUUGCCUUAAAGAAGUUAAUGGAAUAGAUCUGUCCGAUGAGGACACAAUUGCUUUGAUACAAAGGUUUCCGCAAUGCAUGAACCUUCAGUUGUCCAAUUUGACCGUCUUACUUAGCACUGGCCAACAACCGAUUUUGAGGACAACCGACAUCGUAAACCAGAUAUUCGAUUCAAGUAAAGACGAAAUUGAGCUUUUAAUAGUCAUGAAUUUGAGACCGAUACCCGAAUUAGUUUUUCCGAAAUUCGAAAUGUUGAGCAAUCUUAUGCUGCGCUUCGAAACGGACACGUGGAUUCCUGUAAUAUUGGAGUUCCCCGAUAAAUUUCCAAAUUUAAGGGAAUUGUAUAUUGAGUUUAACGAUUAUGUCAACGACCCUAUAUGCGAUGGACCGUUAAAACCUUGGCCAAGUGUUGAGGUUUUGAGAAUUUCGAUGGUAAACAGACAGGUCAUUGGCAAACUAAUGAGGAUGGUUCCGAAUGUGAAACGUUUGUUAAUAAUGCAGGAUAAAAGUUUUCGGUUGAGACGGGGCGCACAAAUCAGCUUUGAAGAUAUUUCCACUUAUUUACCCAAAUUAACGAUGCUCGGUUGGAUGGUUCACGCAUGCACACACCUUUCGUUCAUGCACGAAUUGGAUGCAUUAAUAACUGGACUACCUGUAGAUUUGUGUAAGAAAUUAUCAACCAAAUUCCGUGAUAAAACCAAAUUGUCAGAGAAGGAAAUCUCCCACUAUCACUCGAAACGACAGCGGUCAUCAAUUCUCGAUUUGAAAGCAUUGAACCAUUUUUGCGUUGACUUUUUUGUAAACAGCGGAAACGUAAAUUGCGGCUGUGUGAAUGGUGACGGUGAUGCGAAAAGCGGACUUAUACUUAACGAGAAAGCAGAACUUAAUGCUACAAAUAUGUUUUACGUUGUAGGGUUCACAAAUGUCAGUAAGUUUUUGGGAUUUGAUCGAAUCCCCAAUUUAAGAAUCAUACCCCACAAGUGUCAAAAUUAGUGAGUAAAAUAGCUGACGUAAUUGUUCGGAAUUUUGUAUUUUGCCUUGUGUGGUUGCAGCUGGAGCCGAAAACGCCCCCCACAUGGCAAAAAAUUCCAAGCAACGACGUAAUCUACUUUUCAUACCUAGGACCCGAAAAGAGCGACUUCGUCGCACUUUUUCUCCGUCCUGUAUGAAAAAUACUAUUCGU